GCUCCGGAAGUUGUUUUAUGACGCUGCUGCCGAGCGGAAUCAACGCAAACCUGCAGAGUUAAUGGGAUAUUUUAGAUAAAAACAGGUUAUUUAAUCGUUUUUAUUAACUAAAACCAGUCUGUAAGGAGUUAUUAUAAGUGUCCGUCUGAUGUGAGGUGGUCAGAGAUGAGCGUCACUUUGGAUAUCAGACUGAAAAGAGCGAACAAAGUUUACCAUGAAGGGGAAACGGUGGCGGGCGUCAUCCUGCUGGUGUGUAAGGAGGCGCUGCAGCAUCACGGCAUCUCUCUGAGCAUGGAGGGGCUGGUCAACCUGCAGCUCAGCUCCAAGAGCGUCGGCGUCUUCGAGGCUUUCUACAACUCUGUCAAGCCCAUCCAGCUGAUCAGCAGUAACAUCGAGGUGGCCAAGGCCGGGAAGAUCCCAGGAGGCAAGACGGAGAUCCCCUUUGAGUUCCCUCUGAACACGAAAGGCAACAAAGUGCUGUACGAGACGUACCACGGCGUCUUCGUCAACAUUCAGUACACCCUCCGCUGUGACAUGAAGCGCUCGCUGCUGGCCAAAGACCUGAGCAGGAACUGUGAGUUCAUCGUUCACUGUCAGCCUCAGAAAGCUAAAGUUGUCCCCACUCCGGUCAACUUCACCAUCACUCCAGACACCCUGCAGAACACCCGAGAGAGGAGUUUACUGCCAAAGUUUCUGGUCAGAGGCCAUUUAGACGCCACCAACUGUGUGAUCAGCCAGCCGCUGACCGGAGAGGUGGUGGUGGAGAACUCCGACGUCCCCAUAAAGAGUAUUGAGCUGCAGCUUGUACGAGUGGAGACCUGCGGUUGUGCUGAAGGUUACGCCAGAGACGCCACGGAGAUCCAGAACAUCCAGAUAGCCGAAGGCAAUGUCUGCCACGGCCUCGCUAUUCCCAUCUACAUGGUGUUCCCCAGACUGUUCACCUCCCCCACGCUGGAGACCACCAACUUCAAAGUGGAGUUUGAAGUCAACGUUGUCAUCGUUCUUCAUGAUGAUCACCUGAUCACAGAGAACUUCCCUCUGAAGCUGUGCCGAGUCUGAAGUCACGUCACUUCACUGCUGGCCGGCCUUCAGCACUGUUUCUGCAUAAUAAUACUAAUUAUCUGACUUUAAAUACACCUGAUUUUCUGUCAUUAAUGUACAUGAAUAUGACCAAACAGAUUAUUCCUUUUGUUAUUUUUUAAAGUUAUAUUUGAGUUUAAUAAAUAAAACAUUUUUGAAAGUAAA